AUGCCAAGUUCGAAGGAGGAGGAGGAGGAGGAGGAGGAGGAGGAGGAGGAGGAGGAGGAGGCAGAAAUGAGGGGUAUAAUGCAUACAGAACCCGGAGUUGUCCUCUCAGGUAGCAGUGGGUGUAACAGUUCACGUCUCCUCACCCUCCGCCUUUGUCAUGCUGCCGUCCUGUCCGCCUCACACGCCAUGUCGAUACGCUGCUGGGCCGCGCGAGUGCUCGAAGCCAAUCAACGCUGUCCCCACUCUGAUUAGCUGGCGACGUGGAGACAACGAAGGGCGCACACACGCGCUAACAACGCCUCGAAGGCGGACACAGACAACAGCUUGCUUGGAGCGCGCUCGCGGCGACUGCCUACAGAGCCCUUGUGUACGCACUUCCUCAGGCAGUAAAGGUUGUCCAACUCAAACCGUCUUUCCUCACUUUUGAUUGGGAAUCUUUAUCUUGUCGACCCACACGACUUCCGACAUGGGCACUGACAAAGCCAGGGCUGGAGUUGGCUGCGUACAUUCAUGCCUGAGAGUGUCUGGGACAGCGGUAGCAGCCGCUUUUCUAGGCUCGCGGGCCAAGCUCAAGUAGUCUACAAUCGGUGUGUGUGUUGCAUUUGCUGAGGGACGGUGUCCCAGUGGCUUGUGUUGCUGGUUGCAGGAGGUGGCGCGUUUAAGCGGCGCAUGGGGAGUCUGGACGCUGUGAGGACCCAAUGGUGUCCGAGAUGAAGUUGGCUGAGUAGCUUCAGGUUAGCGCGUAUAGAACGGCUCGCUGCAAGGGGUGAGUGACCUCAAAGCAGCGAGGUCUUGAACAACGUCACCAUACUACUAGUUGCCUAUCGGCUGUUAAUGCAUAUUACGCGGUGAUCCCACUGUAAGUGAUGGAAUUUGGCCCAAAUAUUCAUACAUCAAAUUUCAGUCUGCGCCUAUAGACCUUAGUAUAAACUGACCUACUUCAAGUAAGCGGUUCAUUUCUGAGGAAAUUGAAAAACAAGCAUUUCCAAAUUGCAACAUCUACCAGAAAGCACACGGGGAAUGCAAGGGGACCCACUUAUGAGCCGAAUUCCCCACAGCUGUGUCAUGCAGCGGUAGAAUAUCGGUGAGCCACACACGUCCGGACUUUUAUCUAGUACCUGUGCUGUUCGUAUGGUAUCUCCUAACGAUAAAAUAGGAUGGUACAGUGUACUUUGUUUAAUUAUUUAUGACAGCUCGUUUCGCCAUGUUAAUUUUUGGUGAGUGCGACUUCGUCCCAAUUUACCUUAGUAAACCUACCAUUACUCACAAUACUGCCACAAACGGUUCUGCGCUUUUGGCUGUCUAACAGCCGUAUAGGGAUAUCGGCUGUGAACGGCCGGAUGUGCGAUAGUUGGGGAAUAUUGUUUUGCAAGGUGAAUGCAUGAUGAUUUCCUUAAAAGAGCCUUUACAGCCCAGACACUCAUGUACCUCACUGAUAAGAUCUCAUUCAUAAGAAGUACAAGUGACCGCUGGAACAAGAGGUUUAGUUGCCUGACGUUUCAGAUUCACGCCCGGACCCCUCAUCAAACCCAGUAACAGAUGCGAGUGAUUCGUGUACAGGAGGUUGUGGUGUUUAUAGGAUGCAGUCGCUAUGCUACUGCAUACCUAUGCUAGUUCGUCGCUCCCCCCUCCAUCGAGGAUUGUUGCCCGCUUGUGCGCUUACUGCUUGCUGGACGAGUUCGAGCGUGAAUCCGAAACGUCAAGCGAAUAGAUCUCUUGUUUCAACGGCCUGUUCUACUUCUUAUAAACCAGUUCCUGGAACUCGCAUCUUCCAUUGUGUCGACGAAGUCACAUUUUCAACGUUGAUACCGAAUAUAUAUUAUAUUAUAUAUUAUACAAUAUAUAUAAUAUAUAUAUAAUAUAUAUAUAUUAUAUAUAUAAUAUUUGAGUACUGCAAGCAAUAACUGGUGGAUUGCUAAUAACCUCGAAAAAUGUUAUGGUGCUGCUUGUACCUAGAAACCUCCCAGCUGGCAUGAAAUCAUAAAUCCUGUUGCUCUUAAGUGUUUUACACCCACGAGUCACAUCGUGCCACCUACAAUAUUUAGUCUAAUUGCGCGCAGACGUUAUCUUCUCAUGUGAUCCCCGCCUCGGCGGGAAACCCCAAUCACGACCUCUCAUAUAAUUUAAUUGCUUAGAUCAUGCGGAGUGCACGAAUGUUCUGCGGUGCGCAAACUUUUAUUGUCCUAGUUCCCAAAAGCUUGCGACCUUGACUUAGGUUAGUCUAAAAGGCAGCACAGUUUUCAAGGUAGCGACUGACUUGCGUCACCACAGCGCAGUAUUCUCGGUAAAAAUUGUCGUUUGGAUAAUUAACUUUUACACGAGUCUGUGAAACUGUCUCUAUGAUAUAACCCCGCCACAGUCUCCAAAUGUAUUUUGCCCCCCCUGUCGUGGCAGGCCUAAUCGAUAGCUGUGGCACAACUGUCCGUAUUAACGGUCACUUUACGAACACGCAGAUUCAGAAUUGGUUUUAGUUCGGGAGUUUAUUUUGAACCGGGGUAGAAGUGGGAAACUAUUGGGCCAAAUUCGAAAACUGAUGCUCGUACCGCCGACUUAAGCGGACUAAACUUCUUCUGUGCUAGUAUGGGACGCUUUAGCACACACGUAGAAUGUCGUGAGUACAAGCCUCGGGUGUCCCACACCUCGGGGUUGUGCAUGACCGGCUGACGACGGUUAAUAAGCCAGAGAUGACCAUUCCAGUCUCCCUUGUCUUUGUCGGUAGCAUUAUUCUGCCUAUAUCAUGCGCCGCUGUGCGGCUGCUGGUUGGACUCCAGAGAGAGAGCCCUAAGGCACAACGGGACGAAUAAGCUCUGUAGAAACGGUCGAUGUGCGUCUCUCUACCAUCACACACUUUGUCUUUUUAUCCAUCUCUCAAACAUAACUUCAGACAUCAACGUAUGAUGCACAUACCGGAUUCCUUUCUUCCCUUAUUCUCUUGCCGUUUUUAUUGGACAUUUCACGCCGAGCUGCGGUUAAAAUGAGAGAAAGAGAGGAAUUCGCUUUAUUUUGAAGUCAUAAAUUCAAAAUUUUCAGCGAAAAUUGGCUCCAUUCAGUUUGGGGCAGUAAAUUAGUUAAUACAUUAUUCCAGAGUCAGACGAGUGUAAUGCAAAAGGAACUAUUAUUUUGGGGACAGUUCAGGUCUUAGCUCAGAAUGAUCAGAAUGCAGGGGAUGGGCAACGUCAUCCAGAAUUCGACCAGCAAAUUGCUUGGCCAUUUUGAAAUGUCGUUCUAAGAUAACAUCGACUAAAAAGGGAUAAGAAACACUGGCAGCAGAAAAGAGCAUUCAGAGGACUCGUCUUAAAAGCCGGAAUAAUGACGAGAGAACAAUCAAGAAUAAAAGAAAGAAUGCAGGCAGUAUGAAUGGCCAGGCAAAGGCUGGAGUUUUUUUGUGGUAGAAGCGAAAACUGCGAACGUAAUAAUGUAGUUUACUUUAGUAAAUAGGGACUCGGUAAGUAUGAAAAAAAAGAUGUGAUGACAAAGUAAGGCCAAGGUACCUGAAAGAGGCUACCUCGUUGGGAAGAAUGCCAAAUAAUUCAGGACCAGGAGAGGGACGCAGCCGGAAAAUACACUGAAAUGAUUUUUGGUUGUUCAUUAGAAGACCGUUUUCCUGCCAACAUACUGAGACAUGGUCAAGGCCAUCCUUCAGAAAGUGGAUGUGUCGGAUCUCUGAGAGCGUGGUCAGCAACCACAUCGUCAGCAUAUUUAAACAAAAGAGAGACAUUGGGGAUCUUAGAUCAUCAGUGUGUAGGGAGAAGGGGCGAGGGGAUAAAAUGGAACCUUGAAGGACUUCACAGUCGUUGCGAAGUACCGUAGAUUUCCGCUUACCAGAUUGGGCAAAAUGAGUUCGGGAAGUAAAAUAAUCGUUAGGCAAAUAGACGACCCAGCCUGCAGAACCACACGCGGAUGUUUUGAUAGGGAGAAGAGGACGCGAGACGGUAUUGAAAGCGGAGGAAUAGUCCCGAAAAGCGCAUGCAUACUCGCUGCAACCCUUGUAUCAUUCUUUUAGAGCGGAGUGGACUACAAGAGCAACAGCAUCUAAAGUACUGCGUUCGGCUUUAUAUGUAAAUUGUAGAGAGUCGGAAAAACGGGAAGAAAAAGGCUUUGCAAUAUCUAGCACAAGUAUUUCAGCAAGCUUUAGUAGUGCAGAAGAAUAGGUAAUCGGACAAAAAUAUUUAGGAUUAAAAUUUUGGGAUUUUUUUAGGAAUGGGAGGGAUUUCCACUGUACGCUAGGCGUAGGGAAUCGUGGACUACAUGAAAGACGUGCUAAUAAGGUGCUCUAAAAUAGGGGCUAUCUGAAAACAACAAAAUUAAAGAAAAAAUGCCUGACACCAUCCGGUCCGGCAGCUGUUGAUUCACGGACCUUUAUAAGGUGUUUCCCUACUGUUUCCGCAGACACGGUUUGGAAAGCACAUGGUGAUAGGCGAAUGUCAUCUGAGGGAAGAUGGGAGCUGUCGUGACUAAAGAUACAAUUUUUAUUUAAGGGGUCUAAAUCAGCAUUCACAUGUACUAGUGUGUCGCGAUGGCCAGUUAGAUGCAUAAAAUUUUUCCAAAUUUUAGCAGAGGAAAGUGGGAAAAGAAGGGGAGAAAGAAGAGGUAAAAAGCUGACUAACAAACAGGUUACCUGACCUGACGGUAAUGUCCUUAAGGCUGUCCGGCAAGCCUAGCUUGUAAAGGAGUUCUUUUUGUCUCAAGAAUUUUAGAUAGGUGGAAGAAAAUUUAUCCGGUCGUACCAUUACAGUAUCAAGAGGACAGCAGAUGUUAACAAUUUCAUUUAAAAACGAUAUUAUGUUGGAAGAACACGAUUCAACAUUCAAUUGUUUAAGGAAAGUUGGGACAGUAUAAUAUAUGCAAGUCUAAAGCAGGCGAAUGUUUGGUGCGGACAUGUUGCGAACCUUAACUUUUCUCUCAGGUUUGGCUAACAGUACACAUUCAGAGGCGGAAUAGAUUUCUGGAAGACCCAAUCUAGUCGAAUGAUCAGAACCUGACAAUGGAUCCUUAGGUUGGCAUGGGAGUACUGUUCAAAACUCCGUCGCAUAGCCGCUGUUCGUACAUGUCAACACUUCAGUCAAAGCCCUCGGCAGCUGCUCGCAUCCACAGCUUUCCUGUCAAAACAGGCGUUUCACGUUCUCACGCAAUUAAAUACCUUACAGCGUUUAUUUGAUAUUUCCGAAUCUGCGCACAUUCAGGCUGACUCAAGAACAUCUUAUAAUGCUAAUCUUUGAGUGCUUCCAUCGAAAAACAUGUAUAUCUUCCUAACAGUGGCGCAGUAUACUUUAUAUCGAUAAAUCGAUCAGUUCUGUCGUUCGGGUUAUUUGACAAAAUUGACAGAACUGUUGACAUUGGGGGCUGACUCGGAAGUUCCCAAUGACCGACAAAGCAAAGAUUCCGAAAUCAGAACUCAGGGAAGACGUAUUAGGUUAGAACACUUUACUGAAGUGUAAGAGCAUACAAGAGGUUGCGAAUGCAGUUGCCGCAAGCAGUCUCUGACGGCGAGUUGUUUUUACUAUGUCCGGCGUUGAGGUUAUUGGCCCCCAGCGCAAGCGUACGCCUUACGCUCUAUCACAGUGUCCGACAACCAAUCAGAGCAGCGGCAGCGUUGAUUGGCUUCCAGGAGUCGAGAAGCUAAUUGGCAAGUUUUGCCCUGUUCCAACAGCAAACAACUGAGAGUGUGGGGCGGACUGAAGGGCAGAUAGACAGCAAGGAAACGCGGACUGCCACAGAACUGCAAACAUUUAACUUUUCACCAUUAAUAGUUAACAAUCUGUACCAUUAAUAAUUGACCAUCAGAAUGGUGUUUGCAGGGUGAGAUUUGCAAAACUGAGCAAUGGCAUUAGCUGCUAUUCAAAUUCACCGGCAGUGCUUUCUUUAAUCACUGUCAUUGUAUGAGAAGAAUCCGCGCUCGAUAUCAGGGGGAACGUAGUUACUUAGAGAAAACUGGGUGCUCGAUGGGUGAAAGACUUCUCAAGCAAAACGUCCACUGAUCUCCAUUAGUGGUGACUGUAGAGCAAAAAAGUUAUUCAAAAACGGUAUUUGUGGACAGCGAUUACUUCAUCGGACGACAUGUAAAAAUGAGGGGGCAACCGCGAGCUGCCUGGAUCAGUUUUCUUUGGUCCACGGCCUGUUAACAAGCUCAACGAUCUCCUCCUCGCUUGAUAUUCAGGGCUCAGACGUUGCCUGGACAAAUUAAUUGUUCAGGCAGACAGCCCACGGGCUUACUCCACGUUCAGCUACAGCAUCAGAAAUUCAAACUGCUAAGUCACUAUCACACCUCAAAAGCACUUUUAACAUUGACAAACCAGUCAACGCUACCUGGUGGCAUAACGGGAGACGUUUCUGCUGCCCUCUGAGCAUGCAGUGCCGUAAAGAUCUAGGAAUUCUCCAACUGACGUGCUGGCCUGAGCCAUGCAACACUUGAGUGUGCUAUUCACACAGGUCCCAAUGCCCCCCCCCCCCCCAGACAUUAUUCUGUUAUGUGAGUCUUGUGCCCGCCUACUGCGUCAACCUCCGCAUUAAAUAGUAUUUACUUGCGUAGGCUAAAUAUAUGUUCAGCCUUUUUGCAGUGUUAGAUCGUUAGUGACCUUCAGCUUCGUAGCUGUCUGGGCUCCCAACCACGGCGUGAGUUCAGUCGAAAUUACAAACUUGCGUCCACUGCACAGUCUUCUCGACAAUAAAAAACGUGGUUUGACAAUUAAAUUUUAUGACAUCAUGUGAAUGUGGUGGGAGGAAACAGUCCCACCUCAUUAACCACCUUCAUUUCACCUCCGUAUUGUGGCAUAAAGAAUUGAGAGCUGCAGUAGUGCUACGCACUUCAAUAUAUCGCGGUAUACCAUCAGCGACCGAAUGUGGCGCAAUUACUUACAAUUAGAUUUUUGCAAAUAACAAAAAUAUUAAUGAAAACCUAUGAAAGUGCUGACGAUCGUUGUGGUGGAGAUCUAGUAAGCACGAAAGCAUCACAGUUUUUUUAUCGCAUUCGGAUAGGGAUGUUCAUAAUACCUUAAUUUGUGUAAUAUGCUUACAUGUGCGAUUCAAUGAAAGUCGUUUAUCCUGCUUCUCAACGGGAUAUGUUAAAUCACACCAGAAUGUAAUAUCUAUUUUACUGAGUCGACAAUGAUCCCAUAAAAGGGACCUCUGUUGCAUCAGGUUAUAACCUUUUGUCGCAUAUAUACGUACCUGCAGACAUUCUCACGCAUGUGGGUGUCCCCCAAACGGGCCACGUGUUAGAUGCGCUUGACCGACACGAGGGGCAUAUCGGAUUCUGGCCGCGUUAUUGGAAUUGCACAUCAGAACAAAUGCCAACAUUUCGAGGUGUGGUGGCAGACCGAAGUGCUAGCUGACGUCGCGCACAUCGGACCCCUGUCGCCCUGCUUCUAUUGUUGUUGUUGUUGUUGUUGUUGUUGUUGAUGUUGUUGUUGUUGUUGGUUAAAAAUCUGGUCAUUUGCUGUGUGGAACAGGUGGUGUGGAAUGGAGUGCCAAGCUGCGGACUCAACCUUGCCAUCCAUUUUCGUCCUCCCUCGCCUCUGGUCUUCUUGAUGCUGUCUUGACGCCGGGGCAAGGUGGGACAGGAGGAGGGAGUGCGGUAAAUGUUGUGUAAGAGGAUACUCACUAUAAAAUAAAUUACUGACAAGUUACUGCGCCUGCUCUCACCUUGUUGUGGAACUUAAAGUUGGCAUCGUCGGACACGACUGUCAAAAUGCUGUGUGUGUGUGUGUGUGUGUGUGUGUGCGUGGGGUGUAGGGGUGUCAGCGGUGGGUCCACGUGAUGGUCGUAGUGGUCGCUCACUUGCUUGCAGGUGAGACUACGCCUAGCGUCCAUUUGCUGGCACCUAACUCUCACCUGUGGCUCCACGUAGCUGGGCUCUGCUCAGCGGCCACACCCCGGGCAACCGUCUCGACCGGCGGGCUAAACCAGGUGAGGGUAUCCGUGCGUGCACCUUCACGCGCGGUAUUGUGGUCUGCGCUGGCCGGAUGGAUCUUCGCGUCGACAUCGUCGAGACGAGGCUCUGUCUGGACCAUCGUAGGCGGCCACCAGGUAAGUUUCCCCUCAGGUAAGUGCGCUUGCUUUGUUUCUUCAUUUUGUUUGUUGAAGUUCCGCGUCGUACGCUGCGCUUGCUGCCUGCCCUUUAUAUGCUAGUCUGUCUUAAGAGCUAAACGACACCCACGAUGCCUGCUGCGAUUGUCUGUCCGUCAGUCUAUGCCACUCUCUACUAUUAGCUAGGUUUUACGGUGCCUGACUUUGUGUGGUGCCCUCACUUUGUCUCUGACUGGUGACUGUGUCCGCUUGUCCACUCUAGUUCUAAGUCCCAUAGCGUUAGGUAGUGUGUAUGCUCUCUCCUACUUCACUCCAUCACAUCAUCACCUCACCACCAAGGUCCCAGGCUAAUUCGGGUCGUUCUCUCACUAACAAAAAGUCGUGGCCCAUAAUGGAGUCCGGCAGCCGUCUGGGAUAACCGGGCAGCCCUGUUCAGGGAUGCGUUGCCUGCCCCGCGAGGGGAGGGGGCUAGAAAAGGUGUCCUAAAGAUCGCUGGGAACCACGCUGUCUGUAGGCUGGCCGUGGCCGCAGACAAAAAACACACGGUCGAAACAGCCAAAACCGAAACAACAACAACAACAAUCACUCUCUUCCUCUUCCAGCCUAUUCUUCUUCUUCUCCUACUCCUACUUUUCGUCGCCGCAGUCGCCAGACUGGCAGGGUGAGCCCGCUCACUCUGUCAGCCUGGAAUGUUCGUUCCCUUUUAGACAAUCCGAGGAGCAACCGACCGGAACGGAGGACGGCGCUAGUGGCACGAGAACUGGCGCGCUACAAGGUGGACAUCGCCGCACUCAGCGAGACCCGAUUCUCCGAACAAGGCCAACUGGAGGAGGUGGGUGCCGGCUACACCUUCUUCUGGAGUGGUCGACCCAAGGCAGAGCGACGAGACGCGGGUGUCGCCUUCGCCAUCCGGAACGACAUCGUGGGACGACUACCCUGUUUGCCGCAGGGUAUCAACGAUCGCCUGAUGAGCCUCCGUUUGCCUCUGCGGGGUGGGGGCAAAUUCGCCACCAUCAUCAGCGCCUACGCUCCGCCGAUGAGCAGUCCCGACGCCGCCGCAAGAGACAAGUUCUACGAGGACCUGCACGCCCUCUUGGCGACUGUGUCGAAGGCGGACAAGUUGAUUGUCCUUGGCGACUUCAACGCUCGCGUCGGCACAGACCAUACUGCCUGGAGGGGAUUGCUGGGUCCUCACGGUCUCCGCGGCUCCAACGACAACGGCCUGCUGCUCCUCCGCACCUGCGCAGAACACCGCCUCAUCCUGAAGAACACGUUCUUCUGUCUGCCGGAGCGAGAGAAGGCCACCUGGAGGCAUCCUCGGUCGCGUCAGUGGCACCUACUGGACUAUGUCCUCUUUCGGAGGCGAGAUCAGCGGGACGUGCUGGUGACGAAGGCGAUCGCGGGUGCUGACGGGUGGACCGACCAUCGCCUCGUCAUCUCGGAUAUGCGUAUUCGCCUACAGCCUCGCAGGAGACCACAAGGUAAGCGACCCCCAGGUAAGCUGAAUGUUGCUUUGUUGUCUUUGCCUGCUCACCGUCUCCAUUUCAGCAAUGAGCUAGCUCAACGGCUAGACAACCUUCCUAUCGCUGCCGCCGCCGCUGCCGAGAAUGCCUCCGUGGAGAACCGCUGGUGUCAACUGCGAGACACGGUCCAGUCGACGGCGCUCGCCGUCCUCGGUCGCGCUCCCCGCCAACACCAGGACUGGUUCGACGACAACGACGCCGCCAUCAGAAAUCUGCUUGCUGAGAAGAACCGCCUCCACAAAGCCUACGUAGAUCACCCCACUGAGGACAACAAAGCUGCCUUCUACCGCAGUCGCCGACAGCUUCAGCAACGACUGCGCGAGAUGCAGGACGCCUGGACUGCUCGCAAAGCUGAGGAGAUCCAAGGCUAUGCGGACCGCAACGAAUGGAAGAACUUCUUCUCCGCGCUCAAAGCUGUCUACGGUCCGCCGACGAAGGGCACUGCUCCUCUCCUCAGCGCCGACGGCAGCACUCUCCUGACUGAGAAGACGCAAAUCCUACAGCGAUGGGCCGAGCACUUCCGAGGCGUCCUCAACCGCCCUUCCGUCAUCUCCGACGCCGCCAUUGCCCGCUUGCCGCCAGUGGAGACCAACGCGGACCUCGGCCUCCCGCCAUAUCUCCAGGAAACCAUCAGGGCCGUGCAGCAACUCUCCAGCGGGAAAGCACCCGGAUCGGACGCAAUCCCUGCUGAGGUCUACAAGCACGGAGGUCCCCUACUGAUGGAUCACCUGACUGCGCUCUUCCAGGAGAUGUGGCGUCAAGGUGAAGUCCCGCAAGAUUUCAAGGACGCAACUAUCGUGCACCUAUACAAGCGCAAAGGGAAUCGCCAAGUCUGUGACAACCACCGCGGCAUCUCCCUACUGAACAUCGCCGGGAAGAUCUUCGCUCGCAUCCUGCUCAACCGCCUCAACAACCAUCUGGAACAGGGCCUUCUGCCGGAAAGCCAAUGCGGCUUCCGUCGUCAUCGUGGAACCACGAAUAUGAUCUUCGCCGCCCGCCAACUUCAGGAGAAGUGCCAGGAGAUGCGGACACACCUGUACUCUACCUUCGUGGACCUGACGAAAGCCUUCGACACGGUGAAUCGUGAAGGACUGUGGAAGAUCAUGCAGAAAUUCGGCUGUCCGGAGCGAUUCACUCAGAUGGUGCGUCAGCUGCACGACGGCAUGAUGGCGCGAGUCACGGAAAACGGAGCUGUCUCAGAGGCAUUCGCAGUGACCAACGGAGUGAAGCAGGGCUGUGUGCUGGCGCCUACCCUCUUCAGUCUCAUGUUCUCUGCCAUGCUGAUGGACGCCUACCGCGACGAACGCCCUGGAAUCCGCAUCGCCUAUAGAACGGACGGUCAUCUCCUGAAUCACCGGCGCAUGAACUUCCAAUCGCGUGUAUCCACAGCCACCGUGCACGAACUCCUCUUCGCCGACGACUGCGCCCUGAACACCACCUCAGAAGAGGAGAUGCAACGGAGCAUGGACCUUUUCUCCGCCGCCUGCGAGAACUUCGGUCUGGUCAUCAACACGCAGAAGACGGUGGUGAUGCACCAACCACCGCCCAACUCAGCCGCAGGCCCCAACGCGCCGCCGCAAAUCAGCGUGAACGGAAAUCAACUGCAAGUGGUGGAGAAAUUCCCGUAUCUGGGCAGUACCCUCUCCCGCAACACCAAGAUCGAUGACGAAGUCGCCAACAGGAUCUCGAAAGCCAGUCAAGCCUUCGGACGCCUCCGAAGCACAGUUUGGAAUCGCCACGGUCUCCAAAUAAGCACGAAGCUGAAGAUGUAUAAGGCCGUCAUCCUGCCGACGCUACUGUACGGAGCGGAGACCUGGACGGUGUACACGAGGCAGGCACGUCGACUAAACCACUUCCACCUCAGUUGUCUCCGUCGCAUCCUGAGGCUGAACUGGCAGGAUCAAUUCCCCGACACGGAAGUACUGGAACGAACGGGAAUCCCCAGCAUCUACGCCAUACUGAAACAAAUGCAGCUGCGCUGGAGCGGCCACCUGGUGCGCAUGGACGACAAGCGACUACUCAAACGACUCUUCUACGGAGACGUCGCGACGGGUUCUCGUCGUCGAGGAGGCCAAAUUCGCCGCUACAAGGAUACUCUGAAGUCCUCCCUGAAGCGCCUGCAAAUCAACCCCACCAACUGGGAGGAGCUCGCACUCGAUCGACCGACCUGGAGGAGGACAGUGAAGACAGGCGCUGCGAUCUACGAAGCCAACCGAAUCGCCGCCGCCAAAUCGAAACGCGAAGCCCGCAAAUCACAACUUCGCCCAGUCCGCAACGCCACCGCACAACCUCCACCUACGUGUCCUCGAUGUCAACGGACAUUCCGGGCACGAAUCGGACUUGUUGGACAUCUCCGAACCAACUGCACCUCUCGAACUGCUCCAGCCAUCGUCCCCCCGCCCGCCUCUUCCUCCUCCCUUCCGCCAACUAACUCUGACACUCCUUCUGCACCACCAAUUCCAGCGGCCCCAGCGGCGGCCGUUCAGACUGCUGUCUCACACAUCACCAACACCAACACACCAACCAACAUCACCUCUCCCACCUCUCCCGAUACCACUGAUGAGGAUCAGAACUACACCUGCCCUCACUGCGACCGCACCUUCACCUCUCGCAUCGGCCUGGUCGGUCACUUGCGAAUCCAUCGCACAGAGACUGGCGAACCAGUGCCUGGAGCACCAACCUACACUCACCGCACUCGCCUCCACUGCCCACAAUGCCCUCGCACCUUCACUCAUCGCAUGGGUCUAUUCGGCCACAUGCGCAUCCACGAGAGCGGAAUUGACCACAAUUCCGAUUCAGCCACGACAUCCAACACAUCCACCACGCCCAGACCAAUCCUCGCUCCACCGUCACACGCGUCGACCACCACCACCAACAUCACUGCUUCCUCUACAGAUGACACCGACACCGCCAACCUCUCAUGCCCACAUUGUCCACGCACCUUCACCUCACGCAUCGGCCUGGUCGGUCACUUGCGAAUCCAUCGCACAGAGACUGGCGACCAAGUGCCUGGAGCACCAACCUACACCCACCGCACUCGCCUCCACUGCCCACACUGCCCUCGCACCUUCACGCAUCGCAUGGAUCUAUUCGGCCACAUGCGCAUCCACGACGACCUGCGGUAG